CAGACCAAGUCUGGAGUCAAGACCCAGGCAUCCGUCAGCUCUUACAUAGAGGCAAUCAUGGUCUCUCUGUGCGUUUGUGCCCCACGGCGCAUGCCCAGUCCCUGGGUCACGUGAUGCCUGUCAUGGCGGCCUCCGUGGCCCGGGGCGGCGUGAAUGCCGGGUUCUUACUACGGGUGGCGCGGGGCACUUGGUGGAGCCGGCACGGGAGCUUUUUGGGAUCCGGGGAGGCCGCGGCGCCAGCGACAGCCAGAAAAUUCCGGGCGACAGGCUCGCACCCGGCGGGAGAGGAAGACGCCAGCGGUCCGGAUCAGCCCGGGGACGUGGUGAACGUGGUGUUCGUAGACCGGUCAGGCCAACGGAUUCCUGUGAGCGGCAGAGUCGGGGACAAUGUUCUCCACCUGGCCCAGCGCCAUGGGGUGGACCUGGAAGGGGCCUGUGAAGCCUCCCUGGCAUGCUCCACCUGCCACGUGUACGUGAGCGAGGACCACCUGGACCAUCUGCCUCCUCCCGACGAGCGGGAGGACGACAUGCUGGACAUGGCCCCCCUCCUCCAGGAGAACUCCCGGCUGGGCUGCCAGAUUAUACUGACUCCUGAGUUGGAAGGGGCUGAAUUCACCCUGCCCAAGAUCACGAGGAACUUCUACGUGGACGGCCAUGUCCCCAAGCCCCACUGACAUGGGUAGCUGGACUGUCCCAGACACCCACGGCCCCAGGGCCAAGACUGGAGGAAUAGCUAAGUUGCCAGCCCAGCCCAGAGCACGGAGGAGACCAAGAGAGUUGUCGAAGCACCCAGAAGGCCAAAUGCUUCAGAGAGAUCCCGUAUCUAGGCUCUGGUGGGAACAGGGCCCCUGCUAGGGCGACCUCGCCAAGCCCCUGAGAAUUGGGGUGUGGAUAAGGGUGGAAUCUAAUUAGAGUGGCAAUAAAACCGUCUGACAGAA